CAUGCGCACUGUAUACUCCGUCUGAAGCGUUCGAAAACAGCCGCGCGAAAAUGAGCUCUUCCGCCGAGUUUAUACCGGUUUAUACGCACACUUAGGAGUUAAAUUUGAGGUUUGAAUGUCUUAACUUGUCUAUAUAUUUAUUAAUAAUAUUACUCUAUCAUUAAGUCAGCAAACAUGAAGCCUGUACGAGGUUCUAGCCGAGCUGCGUCCAAAACACCGAACCUGAAGAGCAAGAAAAAGGUUGAACAGACGAAGAAGAAAGCUAGCAGCCAGGGCUUGGAGCCUGGUGAUAAAAUCAAUGACAAACCCCUCUCAAAGCAGGCACAGAAGAGGAAAGCUAAAGGUUCACCAUCAGUCCCAAAUAAACAACUCAAAGGUCAAGAAAACUGGAAGGUGAUGACAGGAGCCUCCAUCGCUGCUCUGGGGAACAUCAUGGACUUAUCAAUCCUAGCAACUCUUGCCUUGAAGCGGACAGAGAAGAAAGAGAGCCAGGAACAUCUGAACACAAUGAAAACCAGGUUUCUUGCUCAUUGUGCACAGCUCAAAGUUCCAGCGAGCAAACAGAAAUGUUUUGAGCGAUCUUCUCAGAAACAGCAGGAGGAGUCAAAGAAGUCCGUGGUCGGAAAGAAGACCCUGAGCAGGCUGGAGGAAGAUUUGUGCGCUGUGGUGAGCGCUCUGGAGAAAACGGAGGAGCAGAUUGUCUCUUUACAGCACACGUGCAGCAUGCUGAGAGACGGGGUGGAGGAAGAGGAGGAGAAAGCUCAAGAGAUUUUACAGCUAGCUGAACAAACUGUUCUAAAUCUCCCCCCUCUCCCCACAUGCAAAGGUGGAUCCACAUUAGAGGAGCUGGGGAGAAAAAUCACAUCAGAAAGGGAGACUGAGACCGCUGCACAGUAGCCUUCAAAAAACCUGCAGAAAUUGCUUGCCGUCCAGGACACCCAGGUGCUGCUGCAGCCACACAAACAUGCAGACCUGAUUCUCAACAUGCAUUAGCUGAAACAAUAGUGCACCUUGCUCAGACUGGACUUUGCUAAACCUCCUCUCUCACACAGAUCUGUAAAAUAAAAAUGAAAGACUGCAGAUGUGAGAAGUGAGAGCACAGUGAGGCUUCGAGUUGGGGGGGACAUUACUAAAUAAUACUCAGUUCCACUUUUGUGCUUCCUGGUUCACCUGCAGUAAUUGUUUUCAGACAGGAUGUGUAACCACUGUUUGUGGCAUCAGAGCGUUUCCAAUCAUAGUUCUGUUUUAAAGAAAUGAGGAGGAAAAAUUGAGAAGUAAGUGUUGCAGAAGUUCAUUUUUCUUCUAUGUUUGUAUUUUUCUUGGAAACAGACAGAUUAGAGGGUCAACGGGUAACGAGGGGAAAAAGGAAGUGUCUGACACACAGAAUGAAACCAUGGACGCUGGGGUUAUGGGAUAUGCAUAUUAAUAGUUUGACUCUAAUGUGACCCUUCAGCAUUUUACAGCAUUUAAUCACCUAUUAGAAUAAAAAUAGAACUAAAUGUUGUGCUGUGAAUGCUUCUGUUUUUAAACGUAAAUAUUGUUCCUGCAAACAGAGACUACCUGGUUGUCUUUAAUUAACAUGCUUCCCAUUUAAAUUUGUAAACAACUCUAAAAUGUUUCUGCAUCAUCAGCUGUAAAUAAACACACAACCUUUGAAGAGUUGAGAAUUUUUAUUUAUGUUUUAAUGCAGGCGAAAUAAAUGUAAAGUGCUAAUCUUG